UUUAGGCGACAGAAGAAACGCCUCUUGAUGCCACGCGUUGCUUUCGUAGUGUUUUGGGAGGAGAAAACGAGGGGAGAAAAAAUCAGUUUGAAGGGGAAGAAAAAAGUUUGGUCUCGAUGGGUGGAUCAGACGAGAACAAACACGGAGUUAUCGGACCCAUGAACCCACAAGGUGGUUUACGUGGAGGAAAGGUGAAUCCGGCGAAUGGGCAGACACGAAGAGCACUCAGUAACAUAAACAAGAACAUCAUCGGAGCUCCGGUUUAUCCUUGUGCUGUCAACAAGCGACCGUUGUUUGAGAAGAAUGUGAUGUGUAACAAGAAGAUUCCACCACCUGUUCCAGUGCAUCGACCAAUCACUAGAAAGUUUGCUGCUCAAUUAGCUGAGAAUAAUCCCCAAACCAAGAAGGAGGUAGUGAUGACGAUGAGAACACAAAGAGGAGAUGAGGCUGUACUUCAUAUACUAAACCGUACCCGUAAGCUUUACAGGCGUCGAAUCCAAGAAACAACUAUUGUGGAUCAGCUGGAUUCUAUAUUUGUAGAGUGUGCCAUUACAGAAGCACAGCCUCUUGGGCACGAGCCAACAUCAUCAACAGACCUAAAUGGCACCAGAGAAAGAGUUACAGCGGAUGCUCAUGGGAACUCUAUCUGGAGAAAAGCGUACUGGUGUAGUAAUAUGUGAUACAAGGAUGCUAUUUUGUUUUGCCAUGACAUAUCGCUUCUGCUGUAAUGUGUUAGUUGAUGUUGUUGAUCUUUGAACGCAAUGGGAAAUGUAUAACGCUUGCAACUUUGUCUCAUGCCUCAGCAUCCUAUAGACUUGUAAUGUUUCUUAUGCUUGUCAACUCAUUGUGAUGAAUGCCUUGAUCCUUGGUUGAUUGUGUGUCAAGUUUUAUAA